GCUUGUCUGAUUUGAUGCAUAAACAAGAUGAAGACGUUAUUGGCAGUAUUGGUGAUUUCUACAAUAUCUUUAGUUUCCUCUUCGGAAUUUAAGUAUAAAGGGAAACCAUUGGAACAGUUAAUUGAGGCAAGGAAUAAGUGUUUCGUAUCGGAAAAUGUAGAUGCUUCGUAUUUGGAUAAACUGGAUCAAAUUGAGUAUCCGACUCGUGAUGAGAUUCAGUGUCACACGUACUGUGUCCUCAGCUCGUUCAAAAUCAUCAACGACAAGGGCGAAGUCUUCCCAGAGAUCGUGAUGAAGUAUAUCAAAGAACCGGUGCAGCAGAAGUUGGUCAUUGAUACGAUCAAUACGUGCAUACUACGAACCAAAAAAAGCGAGAAUGCUUGUGAUCGUGCUCACCAAAUGCAAGCCUGUUUCAAUAGCAUUAUUUACAAGAAAAACUAA